UUUUUGGUUGUCAAAAAUUCAUUUGAUAAGAAAGCGCGUUAGUAGAGAUUGCAUUUGAACAGCACAUUUUGACUGACUGCUUAUUAUUGAAAAGAAGACUACAGCUGAUUUAUUGUGCACGCUAAAUUAUGCCUUUGGUGGAUGUUGCAGAUGAGAGUUACGAUUACGUAAUAGUUGGAGCUGGCGCAUCUGGCUGUGUGGUUGCGAACAGAUUAAGCAGAACGUGCAAGACUUUGUUAAUAGAGGCCGGUGGAAUAGACUCCUCAUGGGAGAUUCUGAUGCCGCAGAAUGCGGGUAAGACCUGGGGUGACGAGAGGUACAGCUGGGCUGUGAACUCCACUCCCCAGGAGGGGUUGAAGGGGAAAAGCACUCCCUGUUUGCUGGGGAAGGUGUUAGGAGGCUCUGCUAGUGUGAACACCCUGUGUUGGAUGAGAGGACACUCGUCAGAUUAUGACUCAUGGGAAGAGAAAGGCGUCCAGGGAUGGAGUUGGAAGGAUGUGGCUCCCUACUUCAAGCGGGUGGAGGGGUGCACUUUCAAGUGCGACAGAGACACGAGGGGGACUGCAGGUCCCAUGAAGUUAACAAAGGCACCCAGGACCCACUUCGUGGACACAGUACUCAAAGCAGCUGAACAACUGGGAUGGCCAGUGACCGAGGACCUGAACGGGGGCAAGAUGGAAGGCUUCGCCCAGAUUGAGUCGCACACUUUCAAAGGGGUGAGAUGGAGUCCCUCGCAGGCAUACCUGCACCCGGUGCUCCACAGGGAGAAGCUGCACGUUCUCUGUCACACCAACGCAUCAAAAGUCAUCAUCGAACAGUCAUACGCAGCAGGUGUCGAAUAUCUGGAUUCCAAAACUGGAGAUAUGAAGGAAGUGAUCGCCAACAAGGAAGUGAUUGUCUGUUGCGGUGCCAUUUUGACACCGAAAGUCCUUCUUCUCUCUGGAAUUGGACCGAAAGCAGAACUGGAGGCACUGGGAAUCGAACCUGUGUUGAAUCUACAAGGAGUGGGGAAAAACUUACAAGCACCCAUUUCAGUGCCGGUUGUCUGCACUGUCAAUUCGAAUAAUUACUACUAUGAGAAGUAUACGGGCAACAAGAAAGAGAUGGCGAACCGUGAUUGGUUCGUGAGUCACUCGGGACCUCACGCUUCGUUCGGAAUCCAAGUUGCCGCGUCUAUCAAAACCGACGACAACCUCGACAGACCAAAUGUCAAUUUCAUGGUGUCAGAUGCCAUUUUUGGGCCCUUUCCACAGUCUAACGGGUUCCAGAAAGACCACAGCGAAACACCCGGAUACUCAAUCAUGGUUGCACCCAACCAGUGCUACAGCCAGGGAUCCGUAACUCUGUCCAGCAAUGAUUUUGACGACCCACCCCUGGUAGAUUACGCAAUGCUGAGUGAUCAGCGGGACGUUGACAAUGCGGUAGAAGGUGUUCGGCUAGCACGAGAAGUGUUUGAGCACGAGGUUCUUUCUGACGAUGUAGCUACUGUGAUUCUGCCUGACAACAAUGUCCAAUCAGACAACGAGUUGGAGGAUUACGUAAGAGAGAUGACGUCAUCGCAUGGGUACUACAGUGGGACGUGUAGAAUGGGGAGCUACUCGGACCCCCUGGCAGUGACUGACAGCCAGGGCAGAGUGUGGGGAGUGGGCCACUUGAGAGUGAUUGACAGCUCCCUCAUCCCAGAUGCACCCAGUGGCCCUCUGGUCUCUGUCUGCACCAUGCUCGCCGAGAAGAUAUGCGACAAGAUCGAAAUGAGAGACAUGAACACCAAAUCAGUUUAAGUUUGUGAAAGACAAACGAACUGAUCUAAAUUCGACCAGAGCAUUUCAAUUAACAACAGGGUAACCAUCUCAAAGCCAAAUCAUCAAAAACGUCUGUAAAGUCUGAAUAUAUAAGACACUAUUAUAAAUAACUUAUUAGUUGCCAUCAAUUAACAAUUCUGAUUUCUAA